GUCUAGAUCCGUCCCUGGCUCGCUGAAGAGGACCGUUGGAGAGGACCAUGGAGAGGACCGCUGGAGAGGACCGCCGUAGAGGACCGCGAAGAUGACCGCCAGAGAGGACCGCCGGAGAGGACCGAGGAGAGGACCGCCAUUGCCGUCCGUGGCUCGCCGUAGGAAAUGGGAGCUCGUCGGAGGGCCGCCGCUGCUGGAAUGGCUCGCCGGAAGAAGUGGGAGCUCGCUUCUUCCGGGCCAAGGUUCGCCGGAGUGGACAAUUGCAAGUGGUAUGGCUCGCCGCUGGAUCGAUGCUAGAAUGGCUGUGGUUCGCCGCUUGGUCCCGCCGGAGGUGAAGCACGCUAGAGGGCUCGCCGAUCUGGGAGGAUGCUCACCGACCCUGGUGGAGGGUACUGCCGCCGGCCCUGUCACUUGCUCGCUGCUCGCCGGAAAGAUCCCCGCGGUCCGCGGCUCGCCGGCAGUCCAGACUCUAGCUCGCUGCCGAUGGAAUGGCUCGUCGGAAGAAGUGGGAGCUCGUCGGAGGGCCGCCGCUGCUGUCUGUGGCUCGCCGGAAGAGGGAGCUUGCUGCCACUGUCUGUGGCUCGCCGUAGGAGGGAGCUCACUGCCUGCUCUUUUCCGAUUUGAGGACAAGAGGAAAGGGGCUGCCCUCAUCUUUUUUUAUUUUGACUUUUCUCUUCAACCUCUCUCUCUCCCUUGCUUUUGUUCCCGUCCCCUUUUUCAUUUUUUUACUUUCUCUCUCACUUUUUCUCUCCAUUACGGACUCGGAGCACAAAAGUUUUUUGUGACCGGGUCCCACGGGUGGCGCCAGUGAUGGAAACCGCUUUUUCGGGGCACUGCACCAAAUAGCGAAAUCCGGAAAUUAAAUAAAUAAAUAAAGCGGAGAGAAAGUAUUUAUACGUGGAAACCCAAAUCGGGAGAAAACUACGGGCCUUUUUAGGCAGUGCCAUGCCAAAGGGGAGGAACUUUUAUUAAUCUCGAGGGAAUUUACAUAUACAUCAUUGUAUAAGCUUAGAGCCAUUAAUGGAGCUCCAAGCUUAGAGAAGAAGAAAAAUGAAGAAUAGUAGUAAGU